CAUCACCACAGGCAACCCACCACCCCAAAGGCCAGGCCUAGAAAAGAAACAAGGAAAAAAGAAAGAAAAGAUGGCAGCUCUUAUGGCGACCGUGAUCAUUGCUCUCACUCUCACCAUCUCCAUUGCCAUGGUCACUGCAGCGAGCUCGACAGUCCAAUUUGUGUUUGGGGACUCCUUAACCGACGUCGGCAACAACAAUUUUCUCCGGUACUCACUCGCAAAGUCGAACUACCCUUGGUAUGGAGUUGAUUACUUAAAUGGACAGCCCACUGGGAGGUUCACCAAUGGAAGAACGAUGGGAGACAUUAUAUCUGCUAAGCUUGGGAUUCCAUCACCACCACCAUAUCUUUCCUUGUCAAUGAAUGAUGAUGCUAUCCUCCGUGGUGUCAACUUUGCAUCAGGAGGAGCUGGCAUUCUCAAUGAGACUGGACUAUACUUUAUCCAGAAGCUCUCUUUUGAUGAUCAAAUAACUUGUUUUGAGAAGACCAAGGCUGCGAUCACACGUAAAAUUGGCAAAGAGGCUUCUGAAAAGCUAUGCAAUGAGGCAGUCUACUACGUUGGCUUUGGUAGCAACGACUAUCUUAACAAUUUCCUGCAGCCCUUCUUAGCCGACGGUCAGUUAUACACAGACAACGAGUUCCUAGAGCUCUUGAUUCUCACCAUAAAUGGGCAGCUAAGGAGGCUUUACGGGCUCGGGGCAAGGAAGGUGGUGUUCCAUGGACUGGGGCCAAUGGGUUGCAUCCCUUCUCAGAGGGUGAGGUCAGGGACUGGGGAAUGCCUGGAGGAAGUGAAUCAGUAUGCGCUGGAUUUCAAUUCACGUGUGACGAAGCUUCUCGUUGCUCUCAAUGCUAAGCUGCCCGGUGCCCAGAUGACUUUGGCUGAUUCCUAUGACAUUGUCUUGGAUCUCAUCAACAACCCAGGACGCUAUGGAUUCAAGGUUUCAACGACAUCAUGCUGCAAUGUGGAUACCACCGUUGGCGGCCUAUGCCUGCCUAACUCGAGGCUUUGCAGCAACCGCUCUGAGUACGUGUUUUGGGAUGCAUACCACCCGACUGAUGCUGCGAAUGCAGCGAUCGCUGAACGCAUCUUCGCUGAUCCUGACAUCCGGCAAGCUCCUUCCCCGGCACCUGAACUCGCCCCUGCACCCUCCCCUCUUUGAAGAGCUACGACAUCCUACUUUCCACCAGUUGUUAGAGACUUUAGAUUUCAUAGGGGUUUGUUUACACUUUAUUCACAUCUUCAAGGAGGUAUUCGACUGUUACAAUGACAAAAAACACACAACGCACGAGUGUUGGUGAAUGCAUAUGCUCUAUUCCUUCUAAAAGAACAGAGAAGAUUAAAUGCACAUGUUCAGUGAAAUUUCUAUUACCUUGCGAUGAAUUGGAUAUAUCCCUUGAAUUCAUUCAUUAAUUUCUA